UCUCUCACAUCGUGGUUAAAGGUAGUUGAUUAACUUUGUUGUCGUCGGUGUCAGUGGAAACCGGAAAGAACCGAGGAACAAGUUUAUUGGUUGAGAGCUACAGGUAAGAGGAAGUGAAAACAGCCAGGACUUAGGAACGUUAAAGGGCUUAACAAAUCCAGGUGAUGUCUGACCUGGAUCAGAUGCAGGAGGUCAGUGAGGCCUGCAGCCUGGAUGAUGACAUGUUGGACGGAGACCUGGGUGAUGGGGUGGGAGUCAGGUCAGCGCCCAGUUCCACUGGUAAGAGGAGCCAAAGCUUCACUGGUCUCUCAGAGACCCUGUACAGGCACAGCAGCCAGGCAGGAGAGCCAGUCCGGAUCCCUGGACUGAAGACUACAGAGACCCAGCAGAGAGUGCGCUGGACGCUGCCACGCUGUGGAGGCUCCCUGGUCGACCUGUCCAAAGACGAGCUCAGAGACAGACUGCAGGAAGCAAGUGAGGUGAUAGACGUGUUAUGCUGCGAGCUGGAGGUGGCACAUCGUUACUUUGAAGGCAAAUAUGAAGCUCUGAAGAUCCUGCAGGGAAAGGCCAUCCUCGACAAAGCCACGAUUCACACUAAAAGUCUGCUGCAGAAGAGUGAAGAGAAGGCCAAAGCUCUGGAGAAGGAGGUGAACAGUUUGCAGUGGGAGCUCAGCUUCAACCAGGUCCAGAUGAAGAAGUCUGACCAGUCCUGGGAGCAGAAACACAACAGGAUUGUGAGUGAGAACAAGACUCUGACUGACAACCUGCAGGACAGAGAGAGUGAGAUCCAGCAGCUCCGAGCAGAGAAUUAUGCUCUGAGUCGGCAGUGUGUGGAGCUUCUCUCCAUGUUGAAUGUGAAGGAGCAGAGAACUUACCAAGGAACCAAACCUCAGUACAGCCCAGAGAGAGACGCAAGUGUCCUGGAGCUGGCAGUGUUGGGGGCCUGUCGGUGUUUUGGAGUUGCAGAAGCAUGUCCAUGCAGUCGAACUGCUGCUGCCAGCAGGAAGCAGCUCGUACAGCUGCAGCAGGAGCUUGAUGCUCAGCGGUCGAGGAGAGAGGAGGCAAUGAUGGUCGCGGACGCUUUUCGUAUCGCCUUUGAGCAGCAGCUGAGGAAACGAAGUGAACACUUCCUGCUGCUGGCUGAGGCCAACAUCCUGAAAUCACAUCACUACAAGGCUGAAGGUGCUAACAGGAGUCCUUUAAUCAGUGUCAGCCAGAGACUGAGAGGAUUGCUGCCUUCCGGUCUGGACUUGAAGAUGCCUGAUGAUCUUCUGGAGACUCUCUACAGACUGCUGGACUUGCUGAAUGAUAAGGAGGAGGCCCUGGCCCACCAGAGGAAGGUGAGCAUCAUGCUGGCUCACAGUGCUGAGGAGCUGCAGAGACAGCUGCACCUAGACUCACCCUGCCAGCCGUCGGAUCCACCAGAGUCCAGCAUCCCAUCAAAGCAACAAGACCCAUCAAAGAGUCAGAGCCAGUCUCAGCAAUCAGCUAAAAAAUCAGAGUCCGACGUCCAAGCAGAGCAACAACCGGAGCUGUCGGUCUCCCAGCUCCAGCUAGAAGAACCACCAUGUCUGUCUGAGUCCAGGACUGAACCACAGGAGCUGCCAGACCCAUCACAGACCAGAGUCCAGCUCCUGUCUAACCACAAGAGCCGUGAGUCUGAAAUCCAACAGUCAGACCAAUCAGAGUCCUGAUCCACCAGACUCCAGACCUCAGCCACAGCAGCCAGGGUUUGACCGUGAGAGAAAGAAGCAAGACCUGGAUGUAGCAUGUGUCAUGUCACACUGAGGCUGAAUGUGGAGGGAUGUGAUUGGGCCUGACCGCUCACUGCUGUCCCAGCACCCAGAUGUGGUCCUGAGAGAGGAAGAGUAGGGACAGGCUGAGACCUUCAGCCCACAAACGUCUCCACUACGUCUCACAAACAGUUUUUUACUGCGAUAUUCAGAUCAGGAAAAACACACGAAGCAGCUGAAGAUACUGUCCAUCCAUCAGUUUCCAAACCUGAGGGGAAGUUUCUGGACUAGCUGAUACUGAUGUAAAAUAAAUCAUGGUUCAGUUUGAAAGUCAACAGUGAAUACCAGUGACAGUUUACCCAGUCAUGUGACCACAGCAGGAGCAGGAAGAGUUCCUGUCAAUGUCUGAGUGACUUGAUAACUUCAUGUACAGUAUGUGUUUAUUAGGAAACAGAGAGGUGGUGUGACGUUGGAAGAAUGUUCUGGGGAAGACGAGCAGAUGGAUGAGUUUAUAAAAUGUUUUACGUGAUUGAUUUUUGUUCUUAACCACAGCUACCUCCAGCCGUGUCAAUCACACACUCAGUUCAUCAGCUCUGAUGUUCCCUCUACUGAACUGUGCACGUCACAGAAUCACCAUUACAAUGUAAAUUAGACACUGUUUGAUUAUUAAUGAAUAUUUUAUUUAGCAGGUGAUAAAUUCAUAUGUAAC